CCCCGCCCGCUCCCGGCAGCCCGCGCGCGGCCCGGGGGCCUCGGAGCACGGCGGAACCAUGCCCAAGUCCAAGCGGGACCGCAAAGUGUCCCUGACGCGGACGCCCCGCAAGGGGCUGGAAGCCAAGCAGGCGCUGAUCGCCGAGCUGCGGCGCUGUGUGGAUACCUACAAGUACAUCUUCGUCUUCUCGGUGGCCAACAUGAGGAACAACAAGCUGAAGGAUGUGCGGAACGCCUGGAAGCACAGCAGGAUCUUCUUCGGGAAGAACAAGGUGAUGAUGGUGGCGCUGGGCCGGGAGCCGAGCAGCGAGUACAAGGAGAACCUGCACAAGGUCAGCAAACACCUGAGAGGGGAGGUGGGGCUCCUCUUCACCAACCGCACCAGGGACGAGGUGGACGAGUGGUUCUCCAGGUUCCGGGAGCUGGACUUUGCCCGUGCUGGGAACAAGGCACCGUACGGGGUCAGCCUGGACACGGGGCCCCUGGAGCAGUUCCCCCACUCCAUGGAGCCGCAGCUGCGGCAGCUGGGGCUGCCCACGGCGCUGAAGAAAGGAGUGGUGACGCUGCUUUCGGAUUACGAAGUGUGCAAGGAAGGGGAUGUUCUCACCCCAGAACAGGCCCGUGUGCUGAAACUCUUUGGCUACGAGAUGGCAGAAUUCAAAGUCACCAUGAAGUUUCUGUGGAAUUCUGAGACGGGAGACUUCCAGAAGCUCGUGGGAGAUGCAGCAGAGGAGGAGGAAGAGGAGGAUGAUGAUGGCAGCAAUGAGGACUAACAGCUUGGACACCAGACAGUUCUAUUUUAAGGACAAAAAGAGGAGGAUAUUUCCCUUCCUUGGGUGCACCUGCACUGGGAUGAUCUUUAUAGAAAGUGACCUAACUAUGCUUUUUUUAUAUUUAUAUAAAUAUCUAUGUGAAACCA